AUGGUUAAAAGACGGGACGACAAAUCGGCGUACGUCGGAGCGGAAUUAAGACGCCAAUCGCUUGGCAACAUUGAAGCGGCGCCGUGUGUGGCGCGAUGCGAAAUAAAUCUGAGCCCGCGCGGGCGAGCUCUGACGGACACGCGCCAGGCAUGCCAGCUUGACGGCGGGCUGACGUUUAUCACGUGCGGCACAAGCCACGAGCGGAAGCGGGAUGGUAUUUGUCGCCUUUUACAAGGAAUUUCCCCGGAA